AUGGACGACGACGAAGCAUUCAACUUUGGCGGGUCGAAUGCGUCCGUGUCAUUGCAAACGCACAAUGAGAUUUGGACGGACAUCAAGCACAUUUGCCGCGAGAUCGGCAAGCCGAAGGGGAAGCGUGGACCGGCAUUGAUUGCGUUCAAGGGCAUGAUCACGUCGCUCAAGCACCAGCAGGUGCUGCACGCGAGCGGGACGUGGAGCUUUGUCAUCGCGGCGCUGGUGCAGGUGCUGGACGAGGACGUUUCUGCGAUCGUGAAGAAGAAAUCUAUUGCGAAGAAAGAGAUCAAGCUCGACCUCGAAUCCAUGAUGAACGACCUCCUCGACUACGCGCACACACAUACGUCCCCUGCGAGUUCCACGGCAGUCCUCGAUCGCGACAGCGUGGGUCUCAAGACGCUGAGGAGCUUGGUGUCGUCUUGCGGAUCCAUUCUUGCCAAGACAAGUCUCGAAAACACUGCCGCGGAAGCCAGCGCGUUCCGCAUUUUCGACAAACUGUUCAAAUUCCGUGCGUACUGUCGCGCCGUGAGCGACUCGCACUUGAAGAUGGUGUUGGAGAAGUCCCUUUACCUCAUGAACGACCGCACGGCCAAGAAUGCGUUGGUCGCGUCCAAGAUCGCGCUGAACAUUCUGACGUACUACCAGUCCGACUUGCAUCCGAAACUGCCAGAGUUGAUGGAGUACUUGCACCAGUGGUUCCUCCAUGCUAGCUCCGACGGGAAUAGCAGCAGGACGUCUCAAUCUACCUACGCCACCAAUAUUCCUGGCGACACUGUCCUAACACGGAACGUUCUGAGCUGCAUGGUGCUCCUCAUGCAACAGUACGGUCCACAUGUGACGCCGUUCCUGUCGUCGCACGAAGCCAUGUCGUACGUCCAGCGCCACUUGAACGACGAAGUGCUCGCGCUUUCCCAGGAACCGGCCGAGUUUUUGAUCAUGUAUUACCGCCUCGUGCAUGCCAGCGCCGCACCGCCUACAUCCGUCCAGAAUCGGCAACUCAAGCAGUUGCAUGCGUCGUGCGUAUUGGAUGACAAAAUUCUGACCAACAUCGUUCGUCACAUUGCACACAAUGCCACCAAUGUGGGUGUGAUGGAGAAGAGCUACUUGUGGUUGAGUGUGGUGGCCGACGUCGUGUUCUACAUGGAUCAGUGGGGCGUCGGAGAGCUCCUCCAUCAGCACAGUGUCACAAAACGACGUCGUCACAUGACUGACCUCGAGACCAUUGUCGGCCACCUCCAAGGCGGCGACCACUCGAUCCCACCGGUGCUCCCAGUGUCGCAGAUGUCGUCGACGCAACAGUUGAAAGGCAUGACCUUGGCUCGUUUGCACUGGCUUAUGUUGGUGCAAGCGCUGCUGGCCCGCCACGGACACUGGCUCGUGGGCCAUCAACUGGAGAGCUUGCAAGCGCUAGCCAACGUCCUGAUCCAGUCCCUCAACGAUGCGACGAUGGAUGGCCACUGCAAAGAACAAACGCUGCACUGUCUCUUAGCUCUGUCACUGUAUAUGCGCCCACACGACGAUCCAACUCGAUGGCGCGCGUUGUGGCAGACGCUGGUGUCGGACUUUUCGAUUCGAAACAUGACCAAGUGUGACGUGGUGCUGCAGCUCUUGUCCGCCCUCGUCGCAUUGGAGUACGUUCCAAUGGCCACGCUCGAACGAGAUCUAGGGGCCAUCUUGACGUUUCCCGCAUUUGCAUCUCCGUCUGUGUAUGCGACGCUGUUGCUCUACUUGAUUCAAACCAAAGUUGACACGGACAUGUGCGACAACGCGUGGACACGACAAGAGGUCGCCACGUACUACAUGAGCACCCUCGCGCACCAAAUCUUUGCGCCCGACGGACUCGGCCACGCCGCUCCAGUCUUGGUUGCCGCCAUCGGAUCCGUCUUCGCCGACGGCCGUACGUUUCUAGACUGUACGCCAUACCUCGUAUCAUCGUUUUGGGUCGGAUGUGUGACCUGCGAUCUGCCUCCGGACUGCGCCAAGUCGUUUUCCAAGCGAGACGCCGAUUUGUUCGAAGUACCCCCCCUCGCCCACCUCAGCUCGUUGGCGGGGUAUUUUGCCCGGCACAGCCGCACCAAGGACUCCCCCUCUGCUUUUGCCGCAUCGAGAAUUGCCUUUCCCCCGUAUGUGCAGCUACAAAUCACUCUCGAGCCAGCGGCGUACUUGACAGCCCGACGCGCGGACGUGAUGUACUCUACCGUAAAGUCUCAAUCCGGUCGGAGCCCCGCCGUCGUGCUCGACGAAAUGCAUCGAUUACUGACUGAUGUAGUUGAAAAGUGUGACACGUCGUCCAGCGACCAGCACCUCGUGUACGUGGAAGCGUUGAUGAAUGUGGGGGUUGUUAUUGCAGGUGUGCUGGACGUGUACUGCUUGGACGCGAAUGUACUCAUGAAGAACGUGCUCACGGCCGUGUGGUCGCGCAUGUCGAAAUGGAUGGCGUCGCCCAACGCCGUCAGGUUGCUCCACAAGUUGCUGUGCAUGCUGCAGCUCCUCGGUCGCAGUGUCAGCGUCGACUCGGACGGCAAGGGCAAGUUCCCUCCAUCUUGUCGCCCCAUCCUUUCAUUCAUCGGUACCAACGUGGAAGAGUUCAUCACGAAUCGACACAACGCGGACGUUCCAGACGUCGACGACGACGACAUUGACACGAGUCGGUGGGCCAGCUUGAGCCAGAAACACAAUCUGUCGCGGCUGUGCUGCCUGCGCAUCCACCAUUUGCUGCAGUUUGAGCACCGCCGAACUGCAUCCAUGAGCAGCCAGUCGGCCAAGCAAGAAGACACGUCGCAGUUGAUUCGUCUCGUAGUCGAGCAAACGUACAUGACGGCCAGCGAAUGCUUGGCGCUGGUUCCGUCGUUGUGGCGACCGCUCACGAACGAAGGCUUGUCGACGAUUGUGUUUUUGCUGCUCAGAGCGUUGCCGAGUCAUCCCGUGGACGUGUGUCAGGCGUUGGAAGGCGUGGCUGCGGUCGUUUCGCGGCAACAAAUCAAAAGCGCCAGUGCCUCGUACGAUCUCGGGCUGGUCUUGGACGCGUUGCUCAAGCUACGCAAGCCACGAAAGCUGCGCCGAGCGCUCGUGUUGGCCUACGAACAACUGUUUGUGAUGGAUGUGGAUCAGUUUGUCCAAUUCUCCGGCUUUAUGAUGGCGUCGCUGUGUGACCAAGACAUCCAAGUGCAAGUCGCCAGUAUCAGCGUGCUGCAGUCUGCGUACGCCAAGUACGACGAAGGCGUGGUGGCCAUUUUCAACGACGUCGAAGCCUUGCUCAAGGAAAAGGGCCGCCACAGGUUUGUAUCCGCCUUGGCGUGUUUUAUUUCGGCUGCCAGUGCCGACAUCCUCGUCAGUCGGGUGCUGGCGCUGUACAGUUUGUGGUUUGACACCGAUCCAGAGCUGUUCCAGGCGUGCACUGUCGCCCUGGCCCAGCACUUUGCAUAUCCAUCGCCGUUAGCCAUGCUGGAAGAUGUGUGCUGGUCGACAUUGUGCCACUACGUCGAGCUUGGGCCUCAAUUGCGUGCGAAAAGGAACGUGUGGCAGUUUCCCAUGGCGUUGUUUGGUGCUCAAUUGCCUCGUUUGGCUGACAGCUCGGUCGUACCCUCCAUUUUGACGUUGUUGGUGUUGCUGGACGAAGCAAACACGGAUAUCCACCGCUCGUUAGAACAAGUGCAAACAGACGUACCGAAUUUAGCGGCAAUUCAAUCCAGCGUGCGUGUCGUACUGGCCUGGGCCAGGCGGCUUGAACCAUCAAUUCCCACCGAUGGACACAGUACGCUGGUCGUGUUGCAGUACAUGAUGCACCUGAACGCGUACGAUCCGGAGCUAUACCCUCUGCACUGGCCCACGUUGGAGUCGAUGGUGCGUCCUCUGCCUGUGAAUCUCGUGGACGUGGUGCUGGCUGUCCAUGCCUGGGUGAAAGAACACAAGCUGGAGUCGUUUGCAUCCGAGCCAAUCAAGUUUCUAUGCGAUGCCGUUGAUGCGCUGUCCAAAUCGGCUUGUAAUGGCCACGCCCUGUCGCACCGCAUCGUGUUGCAUGUGCUGGUGCAACACGUCGACCGGUUUGAUGUCGCGGGUGCGUUGAAGCGUGUGUGCGACCUCUGGAUGACCCGCGAUCCCGACUUGUUUGGCCAGAAUCUGAACCAUUUGAUUCGGGACCUUGUCCGGCGGUAUGCCGCGCUUCCCGUGAAGGUCCAAGAAGUCGUCGAAGACAUCGCCCAUGCGAUUGCGCGGGUGCCCAAGCUCGGCAAGUUCCUGGCCACCCUCGACCCAUUUCCGUCGCAGAUCUCGCCAGGACUGAACCAGCUGCAGCGGUCACACAACGUCGACGAGCCCGUGAUGAUUCAAACGCUGGCCGGAAAACUCACGCGGCCGCCUCUGCAAUCCACCCCGUUGACGAUGGAAACGCUCUUGUCACUCCAAGACAUCGUCGCAGCCAACACAGACGACCACCAUAUCCCCACAAUCGUGCACGGUCUCUUGUCCAAUACAUAUCAAGUUGCGGUGCGAGAAGCCGACUCGGCCAAGCAAGUGCAACUUGCCACGUGUGUUGGACUGAUGGGUGCCGUGUUCCCGGCGGACCUGCUCAGUCAUGAUGUGGCGCGCCUGGACGUGUUGUAUCUGCACCUGUUUGCCCGCCCGUCGUUGGCCGCGCUGUCGCAGGCCAAAGAUCCGUGGCUCGAACUUGUUGGCAAACUACUAGAGUGUUUACUUCUGCUUCUGUUCGACUCGGACGGCCGUGUCGUGCACACAGCGCACGACACGCUCAAGGCGCUGCUGCAGCUCAACGAUAUCCACUCCGCCGUCAACCACAUGAAAAGUCAUGCUCAUGGCCCCAAGGCCUUUCUCCAGAAUUUCUUUCCUGCGGCUACCACAGUCGUCCGUGCACUUCCCACUCGUCGCACGACUGUCCCGCGAUGGGCUCCUGUAGACCAUCCCUCCUUUCGGCACUGGAUUUGCCACAUUUGCAGUGUGUUGUUAAUGCAAUCGCCGGAUCCUAUCCUUGGGGCGUGCGUCGACGUUUGCUCGGUCAACGACCGCCUCGCCAUCUUCCUGCUCCCGAUGGCAAUUUACUCCAUCCUUGGCACUGAUGCCCCCGACUUGCAAAGGCUCGAACAGCUCAUACUCCAAGACGCAACGUCGCUGCCCCCCGACCACGGCCAAGUUCUCGUCCAAACCAUCAACUAUGUGCGACACCUCCAGACGAUGAAAUCCGGUCAGUCCGUGUGGGCGUUGCCAUAUAUGCAAGUGGCUGAGCUGGCCCUGCGCUGCAAUAUGCCAUACUCGGCGCUGCAGUAUGUCGAACUGCACUUGGAGCACACAUUUGGCACCAUUGCGCCAGACCAGGCGUUGGCCCCAGGGGUGGCCAACAUCCUGCUGCAAGCUUACAAGCAAGUCAACGCCCUGGACGCCAUCGACGGCGUCCGCCAAGUAGGCCACUCGCUCUCAGACCAACUCACCAUGUACACUCUGGAAAACAAAUACUCGGAUUGUCUGCCGCUCUACGACGUCCUCGCGAGGCAGAAAGGCGCAGGGUACCAAAAAGGCCUAGCUCGAACGCUGCAUGCGCUGGGGUAUACAAACUUGCUCGAGACGUACCUGACGACCCACGACUCGUCGGAAAUUAGCAAAUUCCAGUACCAAAUGGCGUGGAAGCACAGCCAAUGGUCGUUGAAGGUUCCGACGGCGGAGGGUUCUUCGACUGCCAAGUUUGACGGGUUGCUGUACGGCUGUCUCAAGUCGAUGGCUUCGAAUGAUGGCGCGCAGUUCCAACAACUGGUUGUGCAAGCCAAAGCCUCCAUCUUAAUUCGUCAAAACGUGUCGUUUACGGGCCUUGAAAUGACCAAGACUUUGCAUAAAUCCAUGGUGCAGUUGGAAACGGUGGCGAAAUUGGAGGCCGUGUGGAAAGUUAAAGAAGAGCAGUCGCAGCCGUCCAUUCUUGGCUCGAGUGUGGCGGACGUGGACGCCCAGUUUCACGAGUUGGCUGGCAAUUGGAGUCGAAGGCAUGCCGUGUAUGCCGACGGUAGCUUUGACACGUACUCCACCUUGCUCCAAGUGGAGAAGUGCUGCUUGACCAUCCUGGAUGGGGCGGCGUAUUUGCCAGCGUGGCAAUUAAAGCUGGCCAAGGCAGCGCGGAAGGCCAAUAGGGUGGCGAUUGCCUUCAACGCAUUGAGUGAGCUGGAGCAGACACCUCUGGGACCAUCGGACCACAUCGCAUACCUGAUGGAAAAGGCGCGGUUAUACUAUUCCAUCAACGAAAGAUCGCGCGCAUUGGAAAUUGCCAAGGACGUCCACAGGCAGCUAACAGCCGAGAAGAACCAAGGGCUAGCUCUGGCACAAGCCAACUCUACGAUUGGCAAGUGGCUGGCCGAUAUGAAAGCCGAGCGAAGUGAAGUGAUUCACACGACGUACUUGUCGGCUGCCACCCAUAUCUUUGAAAGCAUGAGCGCGGAAACACAGUGUGGACACGAAGCGUCGAAAGCUUACCGGACGUUGGCAGACUUUACAUUUGACAUUUACAAUCAAGUCAAGACGCGCGUCGAGUCGAACGAGUGGAAGCGCGGGAAAAAGGUGGCUGACGCCCAGGAAGCCGAGCUUCGGCUCUUUGACGCCACGUCCAGCGCUCAGAAAGCGCACUCCCGGCAUGGCGUUCUCCGAAAACAGGUCGAGUUUGACAAGCGAGAACGCCACGCCGUGGAAUCGUCGGUGGAUCGAUUUCUCACCAGUACAUUGAAAAAUUACGGCUUGAGCUUGCGGUAUGCGGCGAACGGGGACAUGACGCCAGUGUUUCGCAUCCUGUCGCUGUGGUUUCGGCAUUUCCAACACACCCUCGUCAACGACGAGAUGGCCGACAUCGUUCAAAGCGUGCCAUCGUACAAGUUUAUUCCGCUGUCUUACCAAGUGAUCUCGCGGUUGGGCACAACGUCCACCAAGAGCAACAUCGUCCAAGAGCUGGUGCGGAGGCUCGCGACGGAGCACCCCCACCACACGAUCGUGCAGCUUCUGGCGCUGAAAAACGGCUCCAAGCGCGGGACGGCCGCGUACCGAGACAACAUUGGCGUGCUCAAGACCGAAGAAGCGGGGAACGUGCUGAACUUUGUCAAGCGGUCCAGUCCGAUGCUGGCGGCGUUGGUCGAGAACAUGGAAGUACUGUGCGAUGCAUAUAUCACGCUGGCGCUGCACGACACCAAGGAGUACGAGCGUCGAGGGCUGAAGAAGAUUGCACUGGCCAACAUCCUCGUGGGACGAGAUCGGGUUCCUUUUGACAAUUGCUUGAGGCUGCGCAAAUGCAACCAGUCCGUGCCCGCGCGGCCGGCGGUGCUCACGGUAGCCAUCAAGCCUCGCCCGGACGGCGACUACUCGAACGUGCCCCGUGUGCAGUCGUUCGAGAAGGACUUUACAGUCACCGAUUCAGGAGUGCACAAACCCAAGAUCAUCUAUUGUUAUGGGUCCGAUGGCGUCCGACGAAAGCAGUUGGUCAAAGGCAACGACGACACGCGACAGGACUUGGUGAUCGAACAAGCCUUCGACAUUGUCAACUCGUUUCUGGACGAAGACCCCAACACCCGCCGCCGCCACCUCCAGAUCAAAACGUACAAGGUCACACCACUCGACACGGUCGCGGGGGUGCUCGAGUGGGUGGACAACACGAUGCCCAUGGGAGGGUACUUGAAUGGAAAGCCCGUGGACGCCCAUAUGCGAUAUCACCCGCACGAGUGGAAGCAUGUGCAAUGUCGAUCGUAUCUGCAGAAAGCCACCGACAAGUACGCGGCGUACCUGGACAUUCAGCAGCACUUUACACCUGUGUUUCACCACUACUUUUUGGAAAAGUACCCCGACCCCGCCACGUGGUAUUCGCGCCGUGCCGCGUACACGCGAAGUGUAGCCGUGACCUCGAUCGUCGGACAUGUCCUAGGUAUAGGGGACCGGCACUCGCAAAACAUUUUGAUCGACGAAGCGACCGGCGAGCUCGUGCACAUUGACUUUGGUGUGGUAUUUGACCAAGGCAUGACACUGAUUACGCCUGAGACGGUGCCGUUUCGGCUCACGCGGGACGUGGUGGACGGGAUGGGGUGCAACGGCGUCGAUGGGGUGUUUACGCGAUGCUGUGAGGAAACGCUCAAGGUGCUGCGGAAGAAGGGCAACGCGCUGGCCACGAUCGUCGAAGUGUUCAUCCACGAUCCAUUGUACAAUUGGACCCUGUCCCCUGGACGAGCACUACAAGUGCAGAAGGACAAGGCCGACAACGACGUGCAAAUGCUAGUCGAUGCCGCCGACGACGACGACGACGAGAACGUGGCCGACCUAGCGGCCCGCGUCCUGCUCCGUGUCAAGCAAAAGCUCCAAGGGUACGAGGACCCGACCGGCGAAGCCAUGAGCGUGGAAGGCCAAGUGAAGCAUCUCAUUCAGGUCGCAAGAGAUCCCCACAACCUGUGCAAGAUCUACCCUGGCUGGGGCCCGUGGCUGUAGAACAGCUAGCUAAAACACUGCUUUAGUACACCGAUUUAGGGUGUACUUUAUUCACUGUCA